AUGAUAAUAAAUUAACCAUAGCAGGGUGAUUUGAUCCAAUAAAAUUAAAUAAAUGUUUAGCUCACUUAAGACAAUAGGUAACCUACUAAUAAGUAGGAUAAAAAGGGUUAGAAAUAAGCUAAUAUCAAUUAAAAUGAGAAGCGUGUUCUAUCUUUCUUGAAUAUGUUUAGAAAUAAAGAUUCAGUUGACUUUAAUAAAUUAAAUAAGACUCAAAGCAAGGCUAAAAGAAAGGAAGACAGAUUUUUAGCAGAUAGGGAAGCUGAAUAAUUUGAAAAUGUGUAUAAUGAUUUUAAUUUUGGUUAAAUGGUCAUGUCUUUCCCGAACCCAGACAAUAAGAAUAGUGAAGUGAAAGCAGAAGGAAUAACUUUUAGGGAAGCGAUGCAAAUAUUUGAUGAGAAUUUAAACAUGUUAAAUCCAUAAAUGAAUGCACACGAAGUUGACUUUCAAAGGAAAGCAUUUUAAUUAUCGUUUUUACUAUUAGAUGAUUAUGUAGACAACACUGAAGAAGCAUAAGAAGCUUAAAAAAAGAAGGAAGAACAGGAGAAAAAAAAGAGAAAGUAAAAGGCUUAGUAAUAAGUUGAAUAAGAAAAGUAAUAAAAACUGUAAAAAGAGAAAUCUAAAGACUAACAAAGUUUACUUUAAUAAGCUGACAAAGAACUUAAAUUAGAUCCACAGGAAAAAUAAGGAAGAUAGUCUGUUAAAAAAAAAGUAUAAGGUUUAUCAGAUGCUGAAAUAAUAGAACUUUUAUAAGAAAUUAGAUUUAUUGAAGAAAAUAAUGAAGUUCCUUUGAUAGGAAACUUGCAACCUGGAUAAUCUCCUGAUAACAAAUAACCUACUAUUAAUGCUUUAAAUAAAGAUAAGGAUAUAAAAAACAAUAAAGAUAAUAAAGAUAAUAAUAAUAAGUUGUAGGAUAAAAAUGAAAAUAAAACUUUAAAUGGAUUACCUUAGUAAUAGAAUUUGUUCACAACUGUAGCUAACGAAUAAAAUUAGCUUAAAGAUGCCUAACCUUCAACUUUAAACAAUUUGCCACUAACACAAUCUUCUGAGGAUCUUCUUUUUCAGCUUGUCGAAGGCACAAUGAAUAACGAUUUAUCAUCUUUCAAGAAUGUAAAAAAGAAAGUAAAUAAAGGAAAAUUCAUGUAUAUUAGAUACUAUGAUAAAGAUGAUUAUGAUUAUAUUAUAACUAAUCAUGUUCCUAAAGAUUUCUAAACUCUUUUCAGGAUGACCCUCAUUUCUAAGCUUACAAUUAAUGGUAAACUAAGUACAAGAUCUAUUCUAAAUGAAGAAGGUACUUAAAUUAUUGUUACUAUCAAAGCUUCAGAAGAUAUAAUCCGCCAAACUGCUUCUUACUAUAAGCACAACAAGCAGAUUGAGCUAGGAUAUGCUGAUAUCCUCUCUUUGGAGCCAUGUGAUGAUAAAUUCAGGCCAUAUAGAUUAAAGUACUUAGUUAGAUUGGCUGUAAAAAAUGCCAAAAAGAAAAGAAAUACAGAGUUAGAUGAAAGAACUUAGUAAUAAAAGAUAUCUGGUGUUUUACCAAUUAGAAACUUAAGAGAGUAUUUGAAUAUGGAUGACGAUUAAUUUUGGAUAGAUUUAGGAAGAAAGUAGUAUUAUUUUGAUGGAAUGCUUGAUGAGAUAGCUUCAGAUAUUAAAAUUAAUUAAGAUUAAGAACUUGUUGAAAUUAUUGAUGACAAUGAUCCUUUGAAUAUGAAACUAUGGGCUGCUUAUAGUCUUUACUUAGAUUACAUGAUUUAUUAUUGUUCAAAAAUGAAAGUUUUAAAGAAAUUUGCCAAAGAUCAGGCAAAAGCAAAUGUUGAUAACAAUAAAGAUUAGCCUGGCUAAUAAAAUCCUGCUGAAGCUAAAAAGACAGGGAAUAACAAAAAAAGAGCUUUAAAUCAGUAUGAAAAAAAUGCAGCUUUCCUCUACAGACUUAUUUUCAAAUAAGCGAUUGAAGAUACAAAUCUAAGCUUCUUGAAAGUUUAAAGCUUCUUUUCAGCAAAGUAAAAAUUAUAGAACAUAUGGCAUCGUUUAGAAGUUGAAAAUCCUAUUGCACCUUUUAGUAAUUUUACGAAUUCACCUUAUGAAGAGCACCUUCUUUUCUGGAGAACUUAUGAAUAAAACGAAUUUAAGUAAAGAUCAAUAUUUACUAACAUGGAAAAAAUAAAGAUUUGCGACAUUGUAAUUGGAGACAAUGUUAAUGUACUUAAAAUGCUUAAUCAAGGCUUGAUGCUUAAUUAUUUCCCUCUUCAUGAUCCUCAUCAACUAAAAGGAGAUAGUGCUCUUUAAUAUUUCUAAAAAGUUAUAGAAAAUGAUAUUUUGCCUGAACCUGAACUUUCAGAAGUUUAAGAUAGAGUAAGAAAAUUAUUUUUGAUGCUUGAUACCUAGGCUGAUCCUUCAGAUUUUGAUACUUCAAGUGUCAUUCAAGAUCUUAGCAUAAGAAUAUUCAAACCUUGGUAUUUACAGAUUGAUACUAUUAGAGACUAUUUUGGAGAAAAAAUAGCUAUCUAUUUCAAAUUUUUGAGCAGCUAUACUUUCCACUUAAGCUACAUAAGUUUUAUAGGUGUUAUAAUAGAAAUUAUUAUAGCUUCACUCAAGUAUAAGCACCCUGAGACUUCCGCUGGAUUUAGAUUCUUUUUUGCUAUUAUCAUAAUCAUAUGGUAGUGUGCUUUUAUUGAGUUCUGGAAAAGAGAACAAGCAGUAUUUUCUCUUACAUAUGGUUAAGAAAACUUUUAGCAAUCAGAGUAAGAACGUCCUUCUUUUAAAGGUUACUUCAAGAGAUCUAUAGCUAACGAUUAAAUAAAUUAUUAGUAUUAUAACAGCUUAAAGAGAAAAGCUUUCUUUGUUUUUUCUUUAAUUCUUAGUGCUUUAGUUAUUUGCAUAGUUAUUGCUAUCAUUUUUGCACUUUUCUUCUUCAAAGCUUGGCUUUUGGAAAAUGGCUACUUACUGAACGCUCCUUUUAUUAAUCCUAACACAUUGAUUGGUAUUCUUAACUCUAUCUAGAUUAUUAUUUUUAACUAGCUUUAUCUUUAUAUGAAUGAUUGGUUGAGUGAAAAAGAAAAUCAUUAAACAUUAAUGAGCUAUGAAAAUUCAUAUAUCUCUAAAGUCUUCAUGUUUACCUUUUGUAAUACGUUCAAUUCAUGCUUUAUUAUUGCCUUCUUCAACGAUCUCUUUUUGAUUGAAAAAGGAAAUACUACUUACAUUGAUUUCUGUAAAAGUGAUUAAAAGGAUGGUUAAAGAGAUUGUUUCGAUGUUUUAAGAACUCAAAUGAUUUCCAUUUUCUUAAUUAACUUAAUUAAAAAUAUUCCUGAACUCGUUGUCCCUCUCCUUAAAACAUUUGCUAAGAAAGCCUUAAGAGAUAGUCAUAAGAAUCUAAUCAUUCAUCCCUUCAGAGAAAUUGAUAACUACAUCAAAGAUCAAUUUGAUUUGGAACCUUACACAACAAAUCGUGAAAUAGAUGGUACUGUAAGUGACUAUAUGGAAUUAGUCAUUUAAUUUGCAUUCUUAAGUCUAUUCGGCUUAGCUUUCCCCACUUCUUUCCUUCUAGCUUUUGUGAACAAUAUUCUAGAAAUUUAAGUUGAUAAAACCAAACUGAUUUACAUUUCCAGAAGACCUACACCUACAGGAGCAUCUGAUAUAGGAACAUGGUUUGUUCUUAUUGAAAUCAUUUCAUUUUUAUCUGUAUUUGCUAAUGCAGGUCUGAUAGCCUUUACGAGUGAUACUGUGACAACUAGUCCAACCCUUGCUUAAAAUGUUGACAAAUAUUCAUAGAGAAUCUUUUUCGUUACAUUCUUGAUAUUUAUUUUCUUGAAAUAUUUGGUUUCAUCUUUAAUAGAUGAUGUACCUGAAAAGGUUAACAUAAUCAAGAAAAGACAUAAUAAUUGCAUUAAUUCUCUUUUGAAGGGCUUAAGUAAAACCAAAGCAAGAAGCAUGAUAAAUGGAAAGCCCACUCAAUUGUUUGACUUGGUUUAAUAUCCUUAAAUUAAGUAAAAAGUAUAAACAGUUAAGUCAUUGUAUGAAAAAGUAAAGCAAUUCAAUACUGAAUAACUUGAUCCUAUCAUUCCAGACAAGAAAGAGAUAAAGCUUACUAAAGGAGAUCAAAAUAAAUAAAUUGAAUAAAAUAUAUUCAACUAAACAUAGCAACCUUUGUUACAAAAUUAAACUUAAAAUCUUUAAAGUUUUGAAAUAUAAAAAUGA